AUGGAAGGCUUACCGGAAGACGCCGGAGAUGGCAGCAUGCUCUGCACCGAGCAUCCAUUCAAGAACAACACACCGGCAGGGGGUAUAUGCGCCUUUUGUCUUCAAGAAAAGCUCGGGAAGUUGGUGUCUUCUUCUUUUCCGAUAGCCGUUUUUCCUUCGUCUUCGUCUUCUUCUCCGUCGUUCAGAUCUGACAUUGGUGGUGGUGGCGGGAGCGCCACCACCGUCGUCCCACCACGGUUGACAAACCAGACGUCCUUAUUGGUUUCAAAUACUCAAAUCACCCCGAGUAACACCACGAAUGAGUGUCACUAUCAUCAGUAUUAUUCUAAUCGAUCCAGGAUACUUUAUUUGCUUAGUCAAAAGAAGAAGAAAAAGAAAGAUCUUAACAUUAUUGUCGACGGCGGCGGUGGACAUGGCCACGAUCGGAACAAAAAUCUUAUGUUUAAGAGAAGCAAGUCGACGGCCACGCCUAGGGGGAUGCAUUUCAUGGAUGCGGAUAAUGUCGACGGUUUCAACAGCCCUCAUAAACGUGGGUUUUGGUCGUUUUUAUACUUGCAGAAACACUCUCAUUCUUCUUCAUCAACCAGGAAAAAUAUCAGAGACAUUUCUUCGAACAGUAUGGGUGCGUCGGCAUCGGCUGUUGGUUCUUUCCCUCAGGUGCAAAGAUCUCGUCAAGAUAAAGAUACAAUAGUGGUGGAAGAGAAUGAGAGUCCUUGUCACGCUUCGUUUGACCGAAAGGUGUCCAGAUCCAGAUCCGUCGGGUGCGGCAGCAGGAGCUUUUCCGGCGACUUCUUCGAGCGGAUCUCGACUGGAUUCGGCGACUGCACGCUCCGCCGCGUGGAGUCGCAACGCGAAGGCAAGUCGAAAGUCUCCGGCAUGCGCGGCAACGGGGGCCAAGAUUGCAUCAAGGAAAGAGUCAGGUGCGGUGGUUUAUUUAGUGGGUUUAUGAUUACUUCAUCAUCAUCUUCUUCUUCCUCAUCCUCUUACUGGGUGGCUUCAAACCCAAAUGAAGGCACCACCGCUGGUAAUGUCAAUGCAGCCGGAAAAAUGACUUCAACAGGCGGAGCCGGAGCCGGAGCAGGGCAGAACCAACAGCAUUCUCAUGGCCGGAGCAAGAGCUGGGGAUGGGCGUUGGCAAGCCCGAUGAGAGCAUUCAGUAAGCCAUCUUCAACCAAAAGAGAAGCUUCAAACAAGAAUCAAACUCCAAAUUUGGCUGCAAUUCCUUCCUUGUUGUCAGUGAGAAGCUAA